AUGGCGCCCGUUGCCCCUUACGCCAACGACCACCGAGACACAAACGGUCCCGGAGACGCUCGUCCUACCGCCCUCAAGAUCGUCCGCGAUCAAGCUUUGGAUGGAAAGCUCAGCGGAAAGGUGAUUCUCGUCACUGGGGGCACCUCCGGCAUUGGAUUCCAGACAGCGCGUGCCUUGCAUGCUACUGGUGCGGACAUCUACUUUACAGGCCGAGACCCGCAAAAGGGCAAAGAAGCGGAGGAAGAGCUGAGGCGUGAUGGAAAAGCGGGAAAGGUUGAGUAUAUGGAGAUGAGCUUGGAUUCGCUGCGGAGUGUACGAGAGUUUACGGCUGCCUUUCUGAGGCGAACGAGUGGUAGAAUCAACAUUUUGAUUUGUAACGCCGGCAUCCGCGGAUAUCCUAAGGGACGGACCGAAGAUGGCUUCGAGUUGCACUUUGGAACCAAUCACCUCGGACACUUUGCUCUCUUCCAGGCUCUCAAAGAUGCCUUAAUCGCAUCGAGCGCGCCAUCUUUCCAUUCGCGUGUUGUCUGCUUGUCGGCUUCAGGCCACCGCCAGUCAGGCAUCCGAUUCGGCGACAUUAACUUUGACCAUGAAGAGGACUACCAGCCUCUGCUGGGGUACGCUCAAUCCAAGACGGCCAACAUAUACAUGGCCUUGGAGAUUGAGAGGCGGUUUGGAGCACGCGGUGUCCGCGGCCUGGCUGUUCAUCCAGGUGGCAUCGGCGGCACGAGACUCAAUCGAAUGACACCGGAAUCCCAACUCAACACCCUAAUCGGCGAUUCCAUCGUCGCGGGGAGAAUGAAGAAUGCUGAGCAAGGAGCCGCAACGACCGUAUGGGCAGCUUUGGCUCGCGAGUGGGAGGAGAGGGCGGGCGUCUAUCUAGAAGACUGCCAGGAGAGUGAGCCUUGGAACGGAGAUAUGACGGUUUUGGCGCCUGGAUAUGCGGCACACAUUCACGAUGCGGAGAGUGCAGCAAGGUUAUGGGAUAUCAGCUUGGAGAUGAUUGGAGCGGACCGGUCUACUUGA